ACACAAGGAAAACCGGACAUUAUCAUCAGUUUAUAAACACCCCCCGGACAGGACGUCAAAAGAGGACAUGUCCGGGCAAAAGAGGACUUUUGAUCAGCCUGUUAUCGAUCCUGACCUGAUGAUCAGGGCGGUGUAGCGGCCACAGAGAGAGGAAGAGGAUCAUGUUUACCGCCUUGGUCUGUGGAGCUGUGGUGUUUCCAGGACUUUUCUUCAGCUUCAGGAAAAUACUGACACGUACUUUCACACAGUGGAGUGAAGCAGAUGUGGUUUCUGUCAGCGAGAGUCUGGUCUCUGCCAUCCAUGCAUGUUUGGCCACAGCAGCCGGAGUCAUAGUGGUGACGUCCUGCAGGGAUGUCAUGACUGACAGUCACUGGCUGGUCAAUGGGUUUGUCAUGUUCGGAGCUCCCUACAUGGCCUACGACAUCUACGCCAUGUAUCUGAGCCACUACCACACUCAGAGGGUCAGAGGUCACACCAGUUCAUACAGUGCCCACUCUCUUCAGACGGUGAAGGCGUUCCUCCGUAAGGACUGCAUGUUUGUCCUCCAUCAUCUGACGCUGCUUCUCGUCUUCCUGCCCAUCGCUCUGUUCUUCAGACGGGGACUGGGGGACUUCUUCAUCGGCUGCCUGUUCACCACAGAGUUCAGCACGCCUUUCGUCUCUAUAGGAAUGAUCCUCAUCCAGCUGGGCCUCGACAACACCAGGCUGCACAGAAUCAACGGCAUCAUCGUCCUGUUGAGUUUCUUCACCUGUCGGAUCCUGAUCUUCCCCUUCAUGUACUGGAUGUACGGACGGCAGUUUGGGAUUCCUCUGCACCGAGUGGCCUUCCACCUGCCUCUGCAGUGCAACGUGGGUAAUCUGGUGAUCCUGGCUCCGCAGAUCUACUGGUUCAACCUGCUGCUGAGGAAAGCCAACAGAGUCUACCUGCGACAGAGGAGAGGGAAUGGAGACGGAGACAAAGACAGGCCGAAGACGGACUGAGGAGUCCAAACUGUUUAGGAAAUAAUCUGGUUUUACACUGAGGAUGAAUGUAUGAGAGUAUUAUGACCACUGUGACGGGAAAAAACAUCACAGUGUUUGAGAAUAAGUAAUUAUAUGGGGAAAAAGAAUCCUAAUAUAUUCAGAAUAAAGUUGAAUUUUAUGAGAAAAACUGGUUAAAUGUCAGUGAAGAUCCUCGGUACUCUCAAGUGCUAUAUCGUAGGCAACUCAAGCACGUCCAGUUUAGAGCUUAGAUCGAGCCCAAAAAAGUAGUUGGUUCCAUAGCCUAGGUCUGUUAUGAGGAGCCCGACCCGUCCAAGCCCGAGGAUAGUGAUGGGAAAUUACGAACGGCUUAUUCUAAGGUAACAAAAACACAACGAUUCUUAUUUUCAGGUGAUUAUACACUAAAGAAGAUCUCCCUCAAAUUCUACACGCUGAACCUUUAACUAUAAAUUUUAUUUCACCUGUUACCAUGUGACACAAUUGUUGUGUUACAGCUGUUACAGUACGUUGUUAACGCUUUACUAAAUGGUGCAAUGCAGAGAAUAUUUUUGUACAAAUAAAAAGAACUUUUAAACAACAUAA